AUGCACGGCGCUCAACAAGGGCAAUACUCUCAGUCCCGCUUUGUUUCCUCUUUGUCUGGUUACCGCCUCAUGUCUCUCAGCAGCAGCAGCAUCAAUGUGGCCGACAUGAUGGCCAAGGCAAUCACCACCUCUGGCGACUUCUACAGCGGACGCAACAGUGUGCAGGGCAUUCAAGACCGCAAGGACGCCAUUCGAGAGAAGCGCCGUGAGCAGAAGAACACCCUGUCGCAGUGGUAUGGCAUGAAGAAGAAGCCACUCAGCGCAGACGAGAAGCAAGAGAUUGAGCUGCUAAAGUACCGCAACUUUGUGGACCCAGAGCAUCAACACCAAGCACCCAAGAAGAUAGCGGAUGUGGGGGAGAGCGAAUUCAUGGAGUUCGGCUACUUCACCGAUGCGGGGCGCAACAAGCGCCGACGCUGCAAGUCCUUCGCGGAUGAAUGGAUUGAGGAGAACCCGCAGUUUGCAGAGGUCGUGGCCACGCGCAUCAAGUCCAGCAUAAAGGCAAAUCAAAAGUCAAAGGCAGCGAGAGCGAAGAAGGCGGCGAUAGAGGCGGCCAAAGCGAAGGAGAAGCGCAUGUCGAAGCGCAGGUCCAAGCGUGACGUUUUAUAA